UCUCCCUCCGUCUCUAUCAAUCUAACCUUCAUCCGUGCCAUUGAAUAGCGAAGAAAGCAUAGACGACAACACAAAUUCAUACCGGCACCACCCCACCCCAACCCACCCAACACAACACAACACAACACAACACAACACAACACAACACAACAACGAACCAACCCAAACCGCAGCACACCAUGCACCAGCGAAAGACCCACACCGACGGUUUGAGUGCCGGUGGUAGCAGUAAGAACGACAGGACCAGCCGGGUCGGACGAAGGCGCCGAAAAGCGGGCACGAAGGGAACGGCGGUGCGAGCAGAAAAGCUGCUCCUCCCCGGGCUGGUGAUCCUGCUGUUGCUGGCGGCGCAGUGGAUUCGGGUGCUCUUCCAGAUCGGGACCGCGCGGCGCAGCGAACGCGCUCCACUCUUUCGGCUCGAGUCGGAGGACGCACCCCGGUGUUCGGAGGCCGCCUGGGACUCCCCCAGGGACAUCGACUUUACGCUAGUCACGCAGCUCUCGGACGACCGGCUCUGGAUGAUGGGGGAACACUGCGAUCGCCACGGCCCCCACCCGGUGUCGAUCGCCGUGUACUCCAACAAGACCCGAGGGGACGUCGUGGGGGAACUCACCGCCCUGGGCUGUUCCGUCGCCGGGGAAUCCCCGAGCGGUCGCGGAAACCCGGCCGUCGUGUCGGUAGCGGUGCUGGACGCCUCCAACCACGGGGCCUGGAACGACUACCCCGUAAACGAGCUGCGAAACCUGGCGUUCUCGGGGGUGACGACCACCCACGUGGUCUACGCCGACGUGGACUUUUGGCCCGGCGACAAGCUCUACGAGAGCCUCGUUGCGGCCCGGGAGGAGCUCUGGCACGACCCCAAGCUCGCUCUGGUUGUCCCCGCCUUUCAGCUCAACCGGGCCAAGGACUGCCAGGACGAGACGGUGGAGUGCCGGGAGGAGCACGCACCUCUGAUGCCGCGGAGCCUAGAUCAACUCAACGAAGGGAUGAACAAAAAAACCAUUACCGUCUUUGAUCCCUACAACGGCGGCGGCCACGGGUCCACCGAUUACCACCGCUGGUUCAAGCAGGGCCACCGGGUACUCUACGAGCUUCCCUGCCUCAAGUCCCAUCGGUACGAGCCCUUUCUUGCGAUCCGCUACUGCCGGGAGCUCACCCCACCCUUCCAGUCCGCCUUUUCGGGGUAUGGGAAAAACAAGAUGACCUGGACCAUGCAGGUGGUAGCCUCUGGCUUUCGGCUGGCCCAGGUCGCCGGUGCCUUUCUGGUCCACUACCCCCACGCCAUUUCCAAAUCGCGCCAGCGCUGGAAUGAGGCCCCGCCGGAGCUGAAGCAGGCCGGCAAGAACAACAACUACAACGUCCGCAGGCCCCGGAAAUCCGAUGGAGACCCCGGCUUUGGGGACUACCACCGCGGCAGGGUCGACGACCUGUACCUGCGCUUCAAGGAAUGGCUCGCGGAGGCCAUCCCCGAGGAAACCGCCCGGAUGGAGAUGUGCCGAACCGCCCAGGACGACGACAGCAAGCUAUGGGUCGAUCCCCGCCGGAAAAAGGGGUGGAAGUGAUCCGGUUCUGGUGGCACCGGCAGUACACCAACAUGGUCGUAGAUACGAACCGACGCAGAGUGAGGAACGAGAAAUUGUUGUUUGAUUCGCCCUUUCCUUUGUUCGUCAUCAUCCGACUCAAUAGACACCAGGCACGCAUAUGCACGCAAAUUCACAACUGAAAUAAAAUAAUUAUAGAACAUAGAC